AUGCCAUCCUUGACCACACCCCCUCCAAUGACAUUGAUUGCUGCACCUACACCUGUGCCUGUGCCCGCACCUGCACCUGCACCAAUUAAGAAACUUCCUUGCAUCACCCAACAGCUUGACCCCUUGUGGAUAUCAGACCUCAAUGCUCGUGUGCAGCAUGAAGUUAAACAACAGCGGAUUACCGAGCACCGGAAGGAGAUGGAAAAGGCAGUGAAGCAACAAUUCAUCCUCCACUGGUAUGAUGCUGACAAUGCUCCAGUCAUAGAAGAAUGGGUAACCAACUGCCCUUUCUUCCCUCAGUUUCAGCUUGCAGACGAUUCUGUUCUUGUCGAUUUGCUUGGUGAGGAGAUCAACAAGAUCGAGGUAUUCGACGAGCACAUUCAACGGUGGAUCCCUGCAGGUCUUACCCACACAUUUUCUCUCCAAUCUGGCUGUCAUAUCUUCAUUCGUCGCCAAGGUGUCACUAUCUGUGAAGGCUUCAAUGACCUCUAUAAGGCCUCCAGAUGUAGUGUCUGCCCUCCCCAUCUUUGCUACAACAUGAAAGGGGAACGAGAGGGUGUGCAUAUGAAAAUCAAGCACAAACUCGAUGUUCCAGUUCCGUCAGACUCUGGAUCAGAUGUUGAGAUUGUUGAGAUGCCUGUCACACCCAUUGCAGUUGGUAAGGGGAAGCGCCGAUGCGAAGGCAGCCCUCGGGACAUUGAUACUAAUCCACCCAUACUUAUUCACUGUCGGCUUGAUCUUAAUGAUUUCAAUACCUGUCGUGCAAGCUCGUUGUCACCCACUCCCCUGUCGGCGCCACAAACUAUGCUAUCAUCCAGUGAUCACCGUCGGUUUGAUCUCGAUGACUUUGAUGUCUGUCGUCCAAGCUCGAUGUCACCCACUCCUCCCCUAUCAACACUACAGUCCCGUUCAGCCCUUACCAAAGUGUCCGAUACCACCGAGCCAUUGAUCACUGAAGUGUUUGUUCCAGCAUAUAAUUCUACAAAGCAGGUCUGGCCUCAAGGCAUGUAUACCACCGACAUGGUCAUGGGCUUUGAACAAAUGGACGACAAGAACUUGCGAAUGAGAUUUCAACAAGAUGAUCUCUUUCAUCGUAUAUUCGGUGUACCAUUUGUCAAGGCAACCUAUCACGAGAAUCAUUGCGCAUGGCAGAAGAUGGAUCCUAGUAUCCUUGCAAUCUAUGAGGCUGCGGGCCAAACUGUCAAUGGUCUUUGGUUGCACUAUUUGGCCACAUGCAGAGCAGCACUUGGGGAGAAGACCAAGAAGCCAGGGAGGCAGGCCAAGUAA